GUCCAAUCGCUGUAAGCUGGUAACCCCCGGUAUACCAAGAAGACGGAGCUGGCUGGCGGUUUAAUCAGACCCUGGCUCAGGCUCGCGGGAUGAUCGAUGGUCAUUUGUCGAAUAAGACCCGAACAGUCAAGUGCCGUUCCGUUCGCUCUAGAAUCGUGGGAACUGGAAGGGCACGGACACCCUUCUGCUCUGAGUGUGCUCUGCUCUGCUCUGCUCUGUUCUGCUUUGGGCCAUGGACACGGUGCUUCGCUUCGUAACUAUAACGAUCAUCCUCCCGAAACGGUACGAUCGGUGGUUUUCAAUCUGGAAUCGUGGGGGAUCUGUGUUGUUUCUGUCUCUAGUAUCUGUGUGUAUCGAGUCUGGGUCUGGAGACUGACUACAGCAGAAUAAGAAUACUACUAUCUUAGUAGUCGAUCAGAUCAGAUCGUACAUCAUACGUAGGUACCGGACGCAGUCCCCAGUCUGGAGAUCCAGACCGGAGACUUCCCAGAAGCA